CCCGGGCCAUUAACACUCACCAGAAGCACCCAUGUUCGCCCCCUCCAAAAACCAGCUCGCGGGCCCCGGGUCGAGCGCCGAGGAGCGCGUCGCGUCGGCCUGGGACUUGGAGGAGCACCUGCGGGCGCUGGACGCGUCGGCGGCGCUGGACGUCGAGGGCCUCGAGACCAUCCCCGAGCACAGCUCGAGCCACUCCGGGAGCUCGAGCGGCGGGAGCGCGCCCAUGUCCCUGAGCGACUCGUUCGAGCUCGACGAGUCGUCGCCCGAGUUGCGGCGCGGGGGCGACUGCGGCGUCGGCUGCCUCGGCCGCGGCGGCGGCGGCGUUUCGGCCCUCGAGAGCUGCCGCCCCCUGCGGCGCCACGGCGCCAAGCUCGACGACGCCCUGAGCCGCCUGCCCGUCGACCUCGCGAAGCGGCGGCUUUUAGAGGUGCUCGACGCGGCCGAGGGCGAGCCCCGGGACCGGCGCGUCGUCGUCGCCGCGGCGGACCUCGCGCGCGAGUGGCACCCGGCCUCCGGCGACGAGGCGCUCGUGGCGCGCCUCGCGACGGGCCGCUGGACCGCGGCGACGCGGCCCCGAUUCCCCGGCGAGGUCGGGAAGACCGACGCCGGCGCGUGUCGCUACGCGCUCGGCCGCAUGUCCUUCGGCCUCUUCGCGCCCGCGGACGUUGUGGUGGAGGUCGAGGAGUGCCGCAACGUCGUCCGCAAGCUGAAAAAUCCGCCGCCGCUGCCCGACGCGCUCGUGAGCCGCCGCAUCCGCGACCGGAAGCUCCCCGUGGACCCCAAGGACGUGCGGUCCUACGACGUCGAGACGCGCUUCGCCGUCGCCGACGCGCGGGGGGCGGGCCUCCGCGGGGCGCUGGUGACGCGGGGCUUCUGCGCGCCGGCCCACGACGCCGCGCCCGACGCGGCGCACCGCCUCGACGUCUGGUUCGUCGGCGGCGACCUCUACCCCGUCGACGACGGCGACGCCGAGGCCUGGAGCGCCCUCUUCGGCGCCGCGCACCUCCCGCGGCGGUCCGUGGGCUCGCGGCUCGGGCUCUGGUUCGCGUCCGUCGCUUUGGGCAUCGACCUCGAGCCGCCGGAGCCGCGCGGCGUCCAGCGCUACACGGUCGCGCGGCCCGUCGUCGGCUACGUCGACGUCCUCUACGCCGACGCCGACCUCCGGGUCACGCGCGGCAACCGGGGCUCCCUCGUCGUCACGCGCCGGUGACCGCGGCCGAAAGAGAUCCGAAGGACCCGACCCGGAAUCCGGGGGCCCCGUUCCCGGGGGCCCAGUAACACCCGCCCGGCGGGAGAAACAGCCCCGUCGUCUACUCC